CUGAGUCAAGAGAUCCCGGGAGUCGUAGAUUUAUCAAGACAUUUCAUCCAAAAACUGGCUUUUGUCUUACAGCUUUUGACAUUCAUUAAUGUUGCAUUGCUGCCAUCUGCUGGAAUAUAACAACUUUACAUUACAAACUAUCAGUGCUCACCCAAAGUGAUCCAUAUUCAACACAUUUCCUAUUUUAUAACUUAGACCCAGUUACCCAGAAUUAAUGCAAAUCCUCUCUAUAUAUAUCUGCAACAUUAAAGGCAGCACAACACCAUCUUGAUACUUAACCUGUACAUACUGUUCAGAGUCAAAUGUGACCCAUUUUUAUAUAUGAGAGUUGUAAAAAAAAAACAACCAAAAAAAGCCCUACACACAUUUAUCUAAGCCAGACAUUUCCUAAUGUGACCAACAGUAUACAAAAAUGGAAAUUAAAUGCAUGUUUUUAGUAAAAAAAAUAUAUAAAAGAACAACAACUAAAAAUCAGCAUUAAAACAUGUUGUAUUAAUCAUAUCCUAUAAAAUUUUCUCCUGGACCAUAAAAUAGUGAUUGUGAAUGUCUUUUUUCCCCAUAAGAUUAAUCAAACAUUUAUUAAUGACUGGUGGGGAAUUCAUGAAUGUGAAUUGGUGUUAGGGCUGGGCAAUAUAUUGAAAUGAUAUUGAUAUCGUGACCUGAGACAAGAUAUCGUCUUAGAUGUUGGAUAUUGUAAUAUCGUGAUAUGUCAUCAGAGUUGUCUUUUCCUGGUUUUAAAUGCUGCAUUACAGUAACAUAUGUAAUUUUCUGACUUUACUGUUCUAGCUGUUCUGUUAUUUACUUUACCCACUUUUUCAUUACAUAUACAUUACUGAUGAUUAUUUAUCAAAGAUUUCAUUGGGUAAAUAUUUUGUGAAAGCAUCGACAGUCAUCUCUACAAUAUUGUUGUAAUAUUGAUAUCGAGGUAUUUGGUCUAAAAUAUCGUGAUAUUUGAUUUUGUCCAUAUCGCCCAGUCCUAAUUGGUGCAGAGGCUUAUGUCACAACAUGAAUAGUAUGUGAGGGUUAAGUUGCAACUUCCUCUUUACUUAAAGCAGCACAGUUUAUGAGUACAGUGGGCAACCGCAUGACAGUUUUUUCUUCUCCAUGCAGCUUUCCUGUGUUUUUUUUUGUCAGUGCGCCUGCGCAGUAAGCUGCAUGCGUGCUCCACCACUACGCACUACGCUUCCUCAGUUUUCAUUUCCGCACACAUCUGAGAGAGACAAGGGGGCGAAGUUCUGGUUAUAAAACGACUUGGACAAAAUGUCAGAUUCGGACUCUGAACCUGACUACGUUCAAUCUGAAAACACCAGAAAACGCAUUAAUGAUACUCUGAGGACCUCUAAGAAGAACACAGCGAUCACUUUAGUACAGCCAUCAGAGGAAGUUUAUGAUCAAUGGAUCGCCAUCGAAGGUGAUGAGAGAAAGGAAGCUGCACAGCUGUUGAAACUUUGUGCUUUCUGGCUUCCUAUUCUACUGAAAAACAGCGAGUUCAGCACUACAGCUUGCUGGGCUAUAGACAUAGGUCUAAUUGACGCAGAUGACAGGGAACAUCUCAGUCUGACGAACCUGAAGAAGAUCGAAACAUUGGAAUCAAUCCUCAGAGCUUUGGAGCGAGGAACUUCGAAAAAGGACCACUCCAAGCAUUUCAUCUGGAUGAGCAACAGGUUUAACCUGCGCUCCAAAGAUGUUUUGGAAGAUGCUUUACAGUGGUUGGAGCGGGUAGGAGAUCGUUCUCUCCGCCCACGCAUCAUGGAUCUGGGCUUUCCAAACACCUCCUUCACAGCCCUGCACCUCAUCUUCACAGAGUAUUCUCAGUAUAUUCGGGAAAUGGGAAACAAUAUUGAGAAGACAAAAAGGGCAAUGGCUCGCUCAACCACUUCAGCAAAUGAAAGCAUAAGGAGAAGUGAAGAAAUGAAGAUGAAGGGAAACGAGAAAUUCCAGAACAAUCAGUAUGAAGAAGCUCUAAAGUUUUACUCCAAAGCCAUCAAAUACUACCCUGAAAACCACAAGCUGUACGGAAACAGAGCCCUGUGCUAUAUCAAGUGUAAUAAUUAUUUAAAAGCGGUUGGUGAUGGAAAGCGUGCUACUCUGAUCAAACCAAUCUGGGCAAAGGGUCACUACCGAUACUGCGAAGCCUUGUUCUUCUUGGGAGAGGUCCAAAUGGCGAUCGAAGCCAAUAGUGCAGCACAGACUCUGUGUAAAGAGGAUAAAGAGGCGAUGAAAUCACUGGAACAGCAACACCUGAAACUAAUUUAUUAUUUCGUGAAAUGGAAAGAUCCGCCUGAGACACGGAAACCACCGAAAAAGAAUAAAGCAACAGUGGAAUCAAACAGUAAGUUUGGAGUGAAGAAGUCGAACCAGCAAGGGAGAAAAGACAGGACCCCACAGUCAUCGAAAAGUGAGAAUGGAAAAGGAGACUCCAGCCCCACAUCAAAGAAGAAAAAGGGCAGAAAUUGUCUGACUGAAGACGAGAAAGGCACUGAUAGUAAAUCAGAUGUGUGUAAAGAGAUGAGAUCUUUGGUGCAGGACGCUCAUACUGCCCUGACCGACCUCCGCAGCCGCAACGCUGAGCAGGCCUUCAGCCAGGCACUGGCCUUACUGGAUACCAGUGCGCCCAAGGAAUUUGGACUUUCCACACUGGAUGUGUUGUUGUUGCUGUACGGCCGUGCGUCCGCCUUGACAGAAAUCGGCCAGCCUGAGGAACUUUCACAAGCGCAAAGACUUCUGGAGAAGAUCAAGUCAUUUGAGGAGAGGAUGUUUCAGUGUCUGGUUUACUACGCCGUUGGGAAGGUGUAUGUCAAAGAGAACAGGUUUGCAGUUGCUCUGAAGCAGUUUUCAGAUUCCCUGCAGAUGGUCAAGAAUCAAAUAACACCGGGUAAACUCACGUGGCCUUUAACAACAGAGAUUGUCAAAGAAACGCAGCCAGACUAUUUCAGGGAUAUUCUGGAGAGUGCUAUAGAGUUGUGCAAAUUUCCGCCUCUUCCUGAUGCCAUUUGUCGACAUGAGAAAUGCCAUGGCCAUUUGAAAGCAGAAAUCUACUUCACUGACCCAGAUUUUAAGGGCUUCAUUCAAAUAUGCUGCUGUCAGAGCUGCAUCAUUGAAUACCACAUCAGCUGUUGGAAGUCGCUCAAGACAUCGACCUUCUUUGAAAAGAAUGAAAAGGAUUUCCUGCAAGAAGCGUGUUUGACUCCAGACUGUGUUGGUAAAAUCUGUAAUAUCAGAAUCUACGGUCCAACGGGCCUGGUGAAAUGUAAGUUUGAAGCUGACAUCAUUAAACCUCAGACCCCAAAGAAGCCAAGAGUGAAUCAGAAAUGUACAAGUCUGAAGAAGUUAAAAUCAAAGGAAGAGCGCAGACUGAAGAGAAAGCAACAUAAGCAGUCAGAUCAAGAUAAACUGACUAACAACGAUGAGAUACUGCUGCAGCCAGACGACUCAGCGACCCAGAGCCAAGAGAAAGCCUGGUUGCUGUACAGGGAUCGAGUUCUGCUGCAGAUCAGCCAGAACAUCGAGCUGCUGAGGGAGGAAAAAGGCCUCCCCGUGUCAACCCUGACCAGCAGUCUGAAGCCCUGGCUGGAGCUGGACUCGUUGAGGGGCAACGAGAUAGCUGUGAGGAUCCUGAACUGGCAGCAGGAGAAACUGGAGACUCUAGGUCAGAUUGUUGAACUGCUCCUAGAGAGGAAGAACCGAGUUUGGGCUCGUGUCCUCAUCCAUCUACUGUCUGACUGUCUGGGAACAAAUCCCAAACUGAACAACUGGGCUUGUCAGCUCAAUGAUGCAGAUCUGAAUGCGGGCAAGUCCUUCAUUGACCGCAAUGCCGAACACCUGGAGGAGCUGGAUCUGGCUCUUCUGCUUGACUUUGGCCUGUUGCAGGAGAUCGUUAUAGAGAAGCUCGGUAUUAGACCUGAACUUUUUUCAAGCAUUGGCUUGACUGUGACUGAAUACCUAAAACAGGCCCCACCACAUGACAUGAGACUGUUUAUCUGGACCCUAGAGGAGCAUAGGGAUGUGUAUGAGUCCUGCCACACCAUACUGGAUGAGUAUUUUGAUAUGAUGGAUGGAAAUUGUUCAGUCCUAAGAAAGUCUGAUGAAAAUGAAAAUAAUUCUCUGAUGAAGGCUAAGAGUCGAGGACGAAAAAAGAAACCGAAAGAGCCAAAGGGUGUUGUUGUUUGGAUGAGAGGUGUAACUCCAAGAGACGAUAGGGACCAAGACUUUUUUGAAGAAGACUCUUUAUCAUUCCUUCAUCCUGUUGAUCCGUUCGGUGUACCCAGUCACCUUCGAGAGCAAGUGGACGAUUUUGAGGAGCAGUACAACAGAAGCAGACACAGGACUCCCUUUGAAAAGAUUUUGGACAAUAGCACUGACCCAACAAAAGAGACUUUGUAUGACUAUUUUGCUCAGAUCUUGGAAGAGCACGGCCCUCUGGUUGCUGAGGACCCCCUGCUGGUGGGUGAAGUUGAAAAUUUCCCUCCUGUGGCUCAGUUGAAGAUCCAAGAAGCGGGCGGCUUUGAGAACUUCCUGCUGGAGUCUCUUCGCUUCAUAAGGAUGGGGAGGUCUAUCUGUCUGGCUAAGCACGCCGUUUCCCUGCAGCAGGCUGAACAUGGAUCCAGCCUGGAUGACCUGGAUUACCUGGAUGAGCGGCGUGAACUGCAUAACUUGGACGACCUGGAUGACUUAGAUGAUCCUGAUACAAAAUCUUCACCUCCUGAUCUCCUUGCAGCUUAUGGUCCAGAGUUCAUAAACCAUCUGAAGAAUUAUUCAUCUGGAGACACUGAAGUCUAUCCCAUCCUCCCAAAUCCGUAUGGAUUUAACUCUCCCUUUGAUCCCUACUCCCAUUGGACAAACGGUGAAGGCCUUGACAGUCAACAGCAUGCUGCUUACUUGUUACCUAAUGGUUAUGACCACCUGGAUUCUCAUGGUAGUGAGGUAGAUGUUGGUGUUUGGGAAACAGAUUCAUCUUCUGGGGGAAUUGCUUCAGUGACGAGUGAGGAACGCUUUUUGAAGAAAGAUGAAGCAGUGCAGACGUGUCCAGAGACCAUGAGGAGUGUAGCGGUGAAUACAGAGCCUCAUGAGCCUUUUGAGAAGGGUCAUGGUGACAUCCACAAAAAAGAAAAGAGCAACACAGAGUUGAAGGAGAAGAUCAAUGAAAUGACAAAUGGCAGUAACAAAGUCAAUCUUAGGCACAAAGAAGAGAUCAACUCAAUCGAGGAAGAGACACGAAAGAUCAAUGUCAACAUUCAAGUGACCAAUAAGGAGCUGUCACUGUUCCAGCAAAAGCUGGAGGAGGAGUUGAGGAAGGACCAGAAGGAGAAGAAAGCCAACCAGGAGGUGCUGAAGUCCCUGAAGCUGGCUAUAGAAAAGUUGGUGGAGGAACAAGGGAGUUUCACCCGAAACAUCAAAAGGAAUAAACAAAGCUAUGAAGGCAAGCUGAGACAUUUCUUAGAGCUGAACAAUCAGUUAGCAGCUGAGAAGAUGAGUCUGGAGGAUGAGAUCAAGCGAUGUAAAGCCUUGUUCAUGACGACCAACAGGAGAUCUCGUGCAGCUCAGCUGUCUAUCAUGGAGAGCAGCCGGGAUCAGGGACUGCACAGCCUCUACAGAGAGCUGGCAGACACUAAAGAUGUACUGACCAAACUGGAUGAAUUGGUACACAGAUUUCCAUCUCAAGAACUUGAAUUGACUAGAAAUGGCUGUAGAGCCAAUGUCCAGGAAGUUGAAAAGAAAAUCUCCACUGCUGAGAGGCAGUACCAGGAGCAGAUGGAUCAAGUAAAGAAUGGCAGAAGGGUCAGUGAGCUGCUUCUAGUAAACAACACCAAACAGCCUGAACUGCUACUCAAACCGCUAUUGGUGGCAGCCACAGAGGUUACUCAUCAGUCUUCAGCUGCAGCCUCUCACAGAUCUUCCCCGCUCAUCCAGCAGUCGGCUCCAGCUGCAGCUGCGGCUCCAGCUGAGGCGCCUGCCGCUCCACCUCAGAAGCAACACAAACAUCCGACCAGGACACUGGAGCCUCCACUCAACACUGUGUUUGAGAAGGCCAUGGAGCGUCUGUCCACCAUGUUCCCUGACUAUACAAGGUUGGACUUAAUGAGGUUUGUUCAGGAGCUCCGUUCAUCCAGCGGUGGAAGUCUUAACAGCAUGACGUUGCAGGAUGUGGUCGGUGGAGUGACUCAGCUGAUCCUGGACCAUCAGGAGAAGCUAAUUUCUGCCAGAUCCAACGCCAUGGGGCGUGGGAGUCCAGCUCAUAGAGCUACGCCCCCUUUGGUAAACCAGCCCCCGGUCUGGCAGCAACUUGGACACCACAACGUCACACACUUUGACGCACUGAACAUGGAGGAUCCCUGCAUCAUUUGUCAUGAUGACAUGAGUCCAGAUGACAUGUGUGUGCUGGAGUGCAGACACAGCUUCCACAAGGAGUGUAUAAAGUCGUGGCUGAAGGAGCAGAGCACCUGUCCCACCUGCAGAGAUCACACCUUGCUGCCUGAUGAUGAAUUCCCCAUGCUGCCCAGCAGGAGACGCCAAGCACCAUAAUGUCUUAAUAAUGCUUCCCCCCCUCGUCCCUCAUCAUACAUUUCUGAUUUUAUCUUUUAACAAUUGCUUUUUAAAUUGUAUUUAUGUUAACUUUAAUGAUUGUGUGUAUCAGUUUCAGAUAUGUGGAGGCACCAUUCCAUUUACUAAUAAAAAUGUCUUGUGUUUGA